GCCGCGCCCGCCCUCCCGCCGCGUCCCUUUGCAAAUGCAGACUCCGACUGCGCGGGGUCUCACUUGCGCCCGGCCUCCGCCCUCCUCUCCUCUCUUCCUCCUCCUCCUCUUCCUCUCCUCUCCUCUCCCGUGGCCCCGGCCCGCGCUGCCCCGGGCCAGGUUCGACGUGUGUCUCCGCAGCGCAUUGGCAAUGGAGCGCCUUGUCGCCCGCCGCACCUUUCCCCUGUUCGCGCGCACCAGCGCCUGCCGCAGCCUCUUCGGGCCGGUGGACCACGAGGAGCUGAGCCGUGAGCUGCAGAUCCGCCUGGCCGAGCUGAGUGCCGAGGACCAGCGCCGCUGGGACUACAACUUCCAGCAGGACGUGCCACUGCGCGGCCCCGGGCGUCUGCAGUGGACCGAGGUGGACAGCGACUCCGUGCCCGCCUUCUACCGCGAGACGGUGCAGAUUUCUUCGCCAAGCGCAAGAGACCCGCGCCCGAGGCCAAGGCGUCGAACGAGGUUCCCGCGGGAUGCGCCGCCCCAGGCGCCGCUCCAGCCGUAGGCUCGGUGGGUACGGCCCCGCGCGCGCUGGGCGGGAGGGGUCGCCCCGCGGGGUCCUCGCGGCCACCCUCCCGCUGGGCAGCGGACAGGACAGGAGCGCGGGGCCUCGGCUGGGACCGUCCAUGUAGCAGCAACCGGCGGCAGCUGCCACCGAGCAGCGUUCGGUUUCGUGUUUAAAAUUUAAAAAAAAAAAAAACUGUGCAAUGUAUUAAUAACGUCUUUUAUAUCUAAAUGUAUUCUGCACGAGGAGUACACUGGUCCCAAGGUGUAAAGCUUUAAGAGUCAUUUAUAUAAAAUGUUUAAUCUCUGCUGAAACUCAGUGCAAAAAAAUGAAAAAAGAAAAAAAAAAGGAAAAAAGAAAAAAACAUGUAUAUUUGUACAAAAAGUUUUUAAAGUUAUACUAACUUAUAUUUUCUAUUUAUGUCGAGGCGUGGGCCGCUCUGCCACGCGAUAGCUCGGUUAUUGGUUAUGCCAAAGGCACGUCACCGCAUCUGGUUAUCGACAAAUGUAAAUUUAUUUUUAUAGCGGACUCUGGGGGGAGGGGGUCGCUCACAAGCUGUAGCUGCCGUACAAGCCCAUCUAGCUAGCAGUUCUCUUCGCGCUUUCGCUGUCUCUUUUUAUUAUUAUGAUUAUUUUAAACUUGAAGACAAAUUUGUUAACAUGGUUCCUGAGCCGUCUGCACCACUGCCCCGGCCCCUCGUCCGCCGGGUUCUAAAUAAAGAGGCCGAAAAACGCUGCAAGUCA